AUGGAAACAGUUAGCACUUUUCCCCAGGGAUUCUUCUUCAUUCGCUGUAAAUCUCAGCCUUUGGCUAUCGAUGUCAGCAAUGGCAGUAUGACAGUAAGAUCCUUUUAUAUCAUAGGUAUUGAAAGGGACAAACCCAUAAUUCAAUAUGCUCGUAAACCUGGAUUGGCACAUAACCAAAGAUGGAUUUAUAAAGAGGGUUUUAUAUCCCCAACGACAGCACCACAUUUAGUUUUGGAUAUCAGGAAUUCAGAAUUCAAGAACGGAAAUACAGUCUUUUUAAAUAGCAAAAGUGUCCAUUCUAAAACACAACAAUGGAUAAUUCAACCCUUUGAGAAUGAAAAGUCAGCCGCAGAAUUGGCUUUACUGAGGCCAUCUCCACUUCAAAGAAACUCAACCUUUCCACGACAGGAUGAAUUAUACGAUUGUUAUCGAAUGGUUUACUUGGAAUCAGCGCAAUCUGUAACCACUGAGCAAUUAGCCGGUGCAGCAGCGUUCAAAGUAAGAGCAGUAGGAAUGAAAGAUUAUAUUCAAGCAUAUAAACAGAGCCACAACAAUGAGCCAAUUGUAGCUAAUGAACAAACAAGACAGGAAUUGAUUAAUUAUGUCCGAAAUGAGGUCAUUAGAUCACUUGAUGCUAAGCAGAUUGAAUUUCAUGCGACCGAUAUUAUUGAUUCAGCUGCAAAUGUCGCAGAAAGUUACUUCAGUCGCGAGUACAGUACUUAUUAA